AGUCUAUGGGAUAAUGGAGACACAAGCAUUGGCGAUGUUCUAACAAGCAAAUGUUGCUAGCUACUGUCAAUUCCAACAUGGUUCAUAAAUUGUGUGUUGGUUGCAUAAUUGCAAAGUUGUUUGAGCACAGUUUUGGUUGAUUUCCUGCUAUACCAGUUCCUACUACUUGUUGGCGUCAGAUCAAGACUGUGAUCUCUGACAAGAUAUGAAAGCUUGAGCUCCUUUUAUCUCUUCUCUUAAGCGUUUGGCCACAGUUUCCUGGUGUGAACUCAAGCAGAAUCAAACCCUUAUACCACCAUUAGACUCCACUUCCAAUGUCACUGCUUUUCUUCCACCAUUUACACUACUUACACGUGGCCCUCAGAUCCUGAAGUGCAGGAUGCCGUUGCAAGUAUUUUGAGUCAACCUGCUGGUUGUCAUGGCACUAGACCUCAUCUGGCCUAACUUGCCCUCUUAGCUGCAUGUGUGUGUGUGUGUGUGUGUCCGUUACAUGUUGAAAACCAGGUAAUUAUUUACCACGUGGUGUUUAUUUUUUCAUGAGGUAAAAUAAAAGGGAGAGGACAGAGCUGAUAAGACAUGUAUAGAGAGAGGGAGUGUGAGAAAGACUGUGCCCGAGCUGAUUGACUGAUCCUGAUUCAUUGUGUUUUAAUGUAUACUGAUACAUUCUUAUGGUGCACACACUAGUGCUGAAAUGAUUGGUAGAUUGAGUAGUGUAGGAGUUCAUUGUUGUCCUUUAUUAAGCAAAAAUGGUAAUUAUUUGUGGUUGCAGAUUUUCUACUUAUCUUUCUCUUAUGUCUUUGUAAAUUAAAUAUCUGUGGGCUUUGGACCACUGGUUGGACAAAACGAGAUUAAAAGAGCAUUACUUUGUGCAUAGGGGCAUUUGUUAGUCUUUAAUUGAUUAAUUGUAAAGAUAAUUGAGGGAUUAAUCAAUAUAACAAAUAUUUGCCAACCUAGCAGAGACUAUGUGAGAUCCCCUCAUUUUUAUCUGGUGCAGCACGGUGACUUAAUUCUCCAAAUUUACAGUAAUAAGACAGUUUAGUGGCAGACAAGUGCAGAGGCGUACUGUCAGCUAAAAUAUUGACAUUAGUAGAGGAACACAUGCAUGAGAUGAGCAAGACGAUGCAGUAAAAUUAGAAAAAGGCAGAAAAGUGGGCGUUUGAGAAGCUUCUGCUCGUGUGCUGCUCUGUAAUCAGCUCCAGUAUGUUGAUCCAGCAGGCAGCUGAAAGUCACACACACACACACACACACACACGAAGAAGACAAUGUGAAGCAGACUGCAUGACAAAUGUGACAGUCAAACAUUCAUGCACAAACUCAACAACAUACCACGCUACUUUGAAAAAAAAAAAAAAAAAAAAAGAAGCACAGCUGAGCUCUGAGUAAUAAAACACGCCCCCUUUUAAAAAAAAAAAAUUCCUUCUCAUACACACGCUCACACUCACUCACUCUAGACGCAAGUGAAACACAUGUUUCUGGCUCUGGCAGUGACAUCACCCGCCUUGUGGUCAAAGUCCAGUUCCUCUAUCCGGCUUAGAGCUGCUAACACACCAGUCAGUCAGUCAGUCAGCGCUACCGUAACCACUGACACUCGGCAGAGGGAAGACCGGUAGAAGAAGAAGAAUAGAAGCGAGUAAGAGAUGAGGGAUUAUCUACGUGAUUAAGGAUGGCUCUUCUUUGACAGCCUGGAUCCAGCGGGCCGCACUGAUCAACUGCAGCCUCCUUCUCCUCCCUCCUCCUUCUCCUCCCCCUCCUCUUCCCACUACCUGCUCUGUUUUCAUUCUUACCACUUCACUUGUAUCACUCUCCUUGUGGUUUCUAGUUCACUUUUCCACUCCAUUUCUUUGCCACCAUUUCUUACCAGUUUCCUGUACUGUCCCUCUACUUUUACUUAGUUAUUUCUCUGUCUUUUCAUUCCUCUGUCCCCCUCUCUCUUCCUCUCUUCUCUCUGGGAGGGAGGGAUGAGUGCCACGGCUGCUUACAGGCAGUUCCUCCAGGAUCUGGAGGAGAAAAGAGAUGAGCGGGACAGGGUGCAGAAGAAAACCUUCACAAAAUGGGUCAACAAGCAUCUCAUCAAGGUGAGGAAGCACAUCACAGAUCUGUACGAGGACCUGAGGGAUGGACACAACCUGAUUUCCUUGCUGGAGGUCCUCUCUGGAGUCACCCUGCAACAGAAGAGCGGCCCUCCAUUGAAAAGGGCAUACGCCUCGCGGGCCCCCCCUCUCAUCUUGCUCAGAGGGGAGGAUGAGGAGGAGGAAGGAGCUCAGGGACCCAGAGAAAAGGGGCGAAUGAGAUUUCAUCGACUACAGAAUGUCCAGAUAGCGCUGGACUUCCUCAAACAGAGACAGGUCAAACUUGUGAACAUCAGGAACGAUGACAUCACCGAUGGGAACCCCAAGCUGACGUUAGGUCUCAUCUGGACCAUCAUCCUUCACUUCCAGAUUUCAGAGAUUUAUGUGAGUGGUGAGUCAGGCGACCUCACAGCCAAAGAGAAGCUGUUAUUAUGGAGCCAGCAGGCGACAGAAGGCUACCCCGGCCUCCGCUGUGUCAACUUCACCUCAUCCUGGAGCGACGGACGCAUGUUCAACGCUCUGCUGCACAGAUACAGGCCAGACCUGAUCAACAUGGAGGUGGUGUCGCGGCAGAGUAACCGCGAAAACCUCGAGCAGGCCUUCGAGAUCGCCGAGUCGCUAGGGGUGACCAGACUGCUGGACGCUGAGGACGUUGAUGUUCCAUCUCCAGAUGAGAAGUCGGUCAUCACCUAUGUCUCCUCCAUCUAUGAUGCCUUCCCCAAGAUCCCUGAGGGAGGAGAGGGCAUCGCCGCACAGGAGGUGGACCAGCGCUGGUCAGAGUACCAGUCCAGGUUCUCCUCUCUGCUCCAGUGGAGCCGCCAGCAUACGGCCCUCAUGGCCAACAAAAACUUCCCACAAAACCCUGUGGAACUCAAGGCACUUUACAACGAGUACGUCCAUUUCAAAGAGACGGAGAUCCCUGCGAAGGAGAAUGAGAAAGGUCACAUAGAACACCUCUACAAACUGCUGGAGGUGUGGAUAGAGUUCGGUCGUAUUAAGCUUCCUCAGGGCCUCCAUCCCAAUGACCUCGAGGAGGAGUGGGGCAAACUCAUCCUGGAGAUGCUGGAGAGAGAGAAGGCUCUACGGCCGGCUGUGGAGAGGCUAGAGCUGCUGCUUCAGAGGGCCAAUAAGAUCCAGAACAUGGCUCUGGACUGUGAGGAGAAACUCACGCUCGCUAAGAACACACUCCAGGCUGACAUGUCUCGAGUGGAGAGCGGCGAGGCGGUGCAGUGUGAGCGAGAGCUGGCCUGCUACCUGCAGGACUGCGAGACUCUGAUCAGACAACUCAACCAGGAACUGAAAGUCCUCCGAGAUGAGAAAUACUACCAGGUGGAGCAGCUGGUGUUCAGAGUGUCCUGCCUUCAGGAGGAGCUGGUCUCCCUCAGACUGCAGUGCUCCAGUGUCUACAGGAAAGGCAACUUCACCCAGGCGCUGGGCACCACGGGGGCAGAGUACCCCAGCCAGAGAGCCACAGACAGCGGCCUGACGUUGGGCCAGACACUGCUGGGAGCUGUGGGGGCUGUGGGUGCAGUCGGUGCUGCACUCCUGCGGCGACCCACAGCUCGCUCUCAGCUGGUGGCUAUGUCGUCAUCAGAGGACGAGGGGAGCCUGAGGUUCAUCUAUGAGCUGCUUGGAUGGGUGGAGGAGACGCAGGAGCUUUUGGAGCGUGCUGAAUGGGGCGCAGACCUUCCCUCUGUAGAAAACAACCUCCAAGAGCACAACUCCAUACACACUGCAGUGGAAGAGCUAAUGAGUGGCCUACAGGAGGCACGCAGCUACGAGGCUAAAGUUUCUCCAAACUUCAAGAGCAGUUACUCUGAAACCCUGGCCAAGCUGGAGCAUCAAUACUGCAAACUACUGGAACAUUCGUCAUGGCGCCUGCGGAGCUUGGAGAGCCUGCAUGCAUUUGUGUCGCACUGCACUGAGGAGCUGAUCUGGCUCAACGAGAGGGAAGAGGAGGAGAUUGCCUUCGACUGGAGCGACAACAACACCAGCAUGAACGCCAAGAGAGACUUAUACAGCGAAAUGAGGUUAGAGCUGGAUGAAAAACAAGACGUGAUGCGGUCGCUCCAGGAAACAGCCAACCGUCUGUGUCUCGAGAACCAUCCAGCCAAACAGACUGUGGAGGCAUACAGUGCAGCCCUGCAGACUCAGUGGCAGUGGGUGAACCAGCUCUGUGUGUGCGUGGAGCAGCAUCUCAAAGAUAACACGGCAUACUUCCAGUUUAUGAGCGAUGCUCGGGACUGUGAGUCGUAUCUACGCCAGCUUCAGGAAACCAUCAAGAGACAGUACACCUGUGACAAGAACAGCAGACUGAGCAAACUGGAAGACCUGCUGCAGGACUCAAUGGAGGAGAAGGAGCAGCUGAUUGAGUACCGCAGCACGGUGGCAAGCCUGGUCGGCCGAGCGAAGACGGUGGUGCAGCUCCGCCCCCGCAACGCUGAGAGCACCCUGGGAGCCACAACACCCAUUAAGGCCAUCUGUGACUACAGACAGAUAGAGAUCACAAUAAACCGAGGCGAGGAGUGUGUGCUUGAGGACAACUCCCAGAGGACCAAGUGGAAGGUUAUCAGCACGACAGGGAAUGAGGCCAUGGUCCCCUCGGUGUGUUUCACCGUCCCACCUCCAAACCAGGAGGCCAUGGACACAGCCAGCAGGACGGAGCAGCUUUAUCAGAAGGUCAUGUCUCUCUGGCAUCAGCUACAUGUGAACAUGAAGAGUGUAGUGUCCUGGCACUACCUGCAAAAAGACAUCAGGACUGUCUCCGGAUGGAACCUGGACACGGUUCGUUGUCAGUCCCCAUCAGAGCGGCAACAGGUCCUGGAUCAUUUGGAGUCUCAGUUGGCUGACUUCCUGUCUGACAGCAAAGAGAGUUCCAUGUUCACACCAGGUGAAAGACGAGAGCUUGAGAGGGAUGUUCAGCAGGCCCAACAGCACUGCAAAGACUUGCUGCACAACAUGGAGACCGUGGAGAAAGAUGAGUCAGUCUCUCGGUCAUACCUGUCAGAGCUGCAGAACAUCACCCUUCAGCUAAAGGAGGCUGAGCAGAGACUGAUGAGGGCAAUUGAAACUCCACCCCCCAGCCGACUGUCAGGUGACAGUGCUGACAACACUGUCCAGAUAGCGGAGCAAGAGAAGCUGCAGUCAGAGCUCGAUGUCCUGCGCUCCAGUUUGGGUGAUGUGUCUCGGCGCUGCGUCAGUUUCUUUGAGGAGAAGUCAACAUCAUCCAGCGUUCCCAUCCUCCGGUCUGAGCUCAAUCACGCCGUGGAGAAGACUGACAAACUGCACAACCUCUCGUCUGUCUACCUAGAAAAGUUAAAAACAGUAGACAUCCUGAUGCACAGCCUAGAUGAAGCAGAGAGCGUGGUCAGGAAGAACGAGAGCAGACUAAGUGAAGAGGACAUUGUGCCUGCUGACACGACGGCCAUUCAAAACCUCAGAGAUCAACUAGGGAAGUGGCAGGCUGAGCUUGUCGAGCACGAAGGUAUCUUCCAGUCUCUGCAGUCGGAGGUAGGUCGGGCCAAAGAGGCGGGGUCUCAGCUCAGCAGGCUCCACCCAGACCGCAGCCCAGAGCUGGAGCGCUACCAGGAGAGAGCCAAUCAGAUGACAGAGAGGUGGAGCGGAAUCAAGAGACAAAUGGAGACACGACGAACCGAUCUAGACGCCCUGGGCUCGGCCCUGCAGCAGUACAGAGAUGGUCAUUCUGCUCUGAUCAAAUGGAUCGAAGAAACGACAGAAAGACAAGAAAACACACAACCUGGACAGACAGACAGCAAAGCACUGUCUGAACAGUUGGCCCAGCAGACGGCAUUAGUAGCUGAGAUUGAACAGAACCAGACCAAACUGGACGAGUGCCAGACUCACUCCAAACAGUACUGCACCUCAGUGAAGGAUUAUGAACUGCAGCUGAUGACCUACAGAGCCUUUGUAGAAUCUACACACAAGUCACCUGUCAAGAGGAGGAGGAUGCACUCUUCCUCUGACGCCAUCACUCAGGAGUUUAUGGACUUGCGCACACGAUACACAGCCUUGGUCACCUUGACGACCCAACAUGUAAAGUACAUCAGUGAUGCAUUGAGAAGACUAGAAGAAGAAGAGAAAGAGGUGGAGGAGGAGAGGCAGGCCAGGGUGGGGCAGGUUUCAGACCUGCUUGGCUGGGUCAAAGGCCUCCAGGGGCGGACUGGGGGCCCCAACGCUGAGUCUUCACUUGCUGCUCAACAGGCCAUCAGUGAACAGCUGGCAGCCAAGAAAGAUGAAGUGGCUGAAGCCAUAAGGAGCACUCAGGUCUUCCUGCUAUCAAAACAGGCCAGCAAGUUGUCCCCAGAGGAGCGAGCUCAAGUUGAGGCCCAGCUGGACGAGCUGACGGCCACGUACAACCAGCUGUGUGACAGUUCCACCCAGCAGCUGCAGCAGCUGGAGCAGCAACUGGCCAAAGAGGAGGAAAGAAAGAGCCAAAUUGCCAUUGCUGGAGUAAUUGACUUGGGAACAGUGGAAACAUUCCCAGUGUUCCAAGCAGCCCAACGUGGUCUUAUUGACCAGGACACCUGCCAUGUACUACUGGAGGCCCAGCUAAUUAUGGGUGGACUCCUUCAACCUGACUCUUCUAGCAAUCUUUCACUGGAACAAGGACUAGCUCAAGGCCUUAUUGACACCCAUACCAGACAGUCCCUUUCUGAGCUAGAGAGUGCCUUGCUUCUGGUGGAAAAUACUAAAGAUGACCAACAACAAAAUGUGUUACCAGUAGCUUCAGCCAUGGAGUUCGGGCUCAUCAGAGAGGAGGAGGGACUUCGUAUUUUAGAACUCCAGAUGAACACUGGCGGCCUGAGAAUCUCAACAGGAAAAAUGUUGAGUUUGGAGCAAGCAGAUGACAUGAAACUUUUGACUCCCAGAAUCUUCACCAAACUCCAGUCAAGGCAACAACAUAGAGAGCUGAUUGAUCCAAACACAGCUGAAAAAUUAAACCUAUAUGAGCUACAACAGCGCUGUGUCCUUGAUGAUGACUCAGGUCUACUUCUUUUCCCCGUCAAGCAGCAGCCUGGAGGAACGGUUUGCCUCCGGUCUGGAAGAAAAGUUGGUAUCUUCCGUGCAGUUCAGGAAGGUCUGAUUGAUCGGAAAGUUACAGUACGACUUCUUGAAGCUCAGCUCUUUGCUGGUGGUAUCACUGACCCGCGGUCUGGCCACCGGCUGACAAUUGAUGAGGCUGUUCGUCAUGGGCUUAUGGACCAGGAUCUAGCCUGUGCCAUGUUAGCACGACAGCUGCAGAAUGGGGGAAUUCUUGACCCUUUCAGUGGAGAACGCCUAGAUUUGGAAGAGAGUAUUCGCAGGGAUCUUCUCUCUCCUCGUUUGGCUCUGUUGGCCCUUGAGUCCCUUUGGGCUUUUAUGGGAAUACUCUGGCCUGAAUCUGGAGAACUCCUGCCAAUUGUUGAGGCUGUUCAACAAGGAGUGAUCUCAGGAGAGCUAUCAAGGAACAUCCUAAGGCAGCGACAUGCCAUUGGAGCUCUGUACAAUCCAGAAACUCUUCAGGUGCUUCCCCUAAAUGUGGCUGCUGAAGAGGCCCUUGAGCCCAGUGCAGUCAGUUUUCUCAAAGACAUCCACAUCCCAGAUGUUCUUCCCAACAUGAACCAGUCAGGUACCCCAUCUCUAAACCGCUUGAGCUGGGGUUCCACUAGCUCCUCUCCACCUCCAUCCUCUCCACCACCUUCAUCAUCUCCCACAGGCCUUUUCUGGGAUGCAACACCAACACAUACAAUGAAUCCUGAAGAACAAGCAAAACACAAACUACUGUUUCACCUCAUGACUCACAGUUAUGUGGAUGUUCAUUCUGGAAAACGUUUGGUGUUGCUUGACCCUGAGUUGGUGGAGCUGGUCAAAGCUGCUGAACUGGUUGCUGGAGACUCUGUGAAUAGAAGUCAAGUUGAGCCACAAAGCAGUUUUAACAAAGAUGAGCAGAAGGAGAUGCAAAUAAUGAGAGAGUCUAGUUUGGCAGAUAAAGGAAUGAAUGACAAACAAGUUGAGGUUGAGGCGCAAAGUUCCAGUGUAGUCACACCAAACCAAAAAUCUGAGACGAAUGGUACAGGCAGUGUCAAAGAAAGGUAUGAUGGAGGAAAUGACAACAAAUUGCUUCCCAAACCAUCAGUACCAGUUGCAGCUAAAAAUGAAAUUGGUAUGGAUGAAGUUGAGGAAGUAAAGGAGAAAGAAUUAACAAAAGGCCUAGAUGAGCAGAUAUGUACUCAGUCCAAACCCAGGUAUAGUUUUGGUCAGGAGACUAUAAGUACAGCCACAACAGUAGAUAGAAAAACAGCUACGGCACCACUCAAAAUGUUGAAAGAACCCAUCACACCGGGAGCAAAAGUGGGUGAAGAUGUAAAAUCAACACAAUCUGAUGAUAGGAAAGAUAAAAAGUAUUCCCAGACCAAAUCAGAAAAGAUCAAACAAAAGGUGUCUGUAACAGAAACUGACCCAAAGCAUGCUAAACCCCAGAUUGAUACCCUUGAAUCAGCAGUGGAGACAGAAGGGGAGGAUGCUGAAUUGACAAAGUUAGUCACAGAGCUAAAACAGGGAGGUCUGAUGACAGAGGAAGGGGAAAAGCUGCUCCCAGAUGAGGCAGUAGCCCAAGGUAUCCUCCCUGGUCACACAGCAGUUAAAUUAAUGGCUCAGGCAGGUCUGUUCGGGGGUUUCCUAGAUGCCAGCAGUGGUGAGUCACUGAGCAUGGAGGAUGUUAUGCAGGAGGGUUUACUAGAUGAAGAUCUAAUGUGGAGUGUCCUGAAGUCGGAUAAAACCCUUGCAGGGGUUGUGGAUGUAGAGAAAAGGCAGAUCUGUGGGGUAAGGGAAGCAGCUCAGGCAGGAUUGAUUGACCCCAACACUGCUGCUCGACUUCUAGAAGCACAGGUGGUGUCUGGGGGAAUUGUUGACCUACGCAGAGAUAAGAAAGUCUCUGUCACUUUAGCAGCAAACCUGGGACUGAUUGAGGAGGGUCAAAGAGAAGAGCUUGUAGCACUAGAAAAGGCAUACAAAGGAAAGGAUACAGAUGCAGCGACUUCCCUCACUAAGGCGAGUUUACAGCUACAGAUGGAAGGUGUUAUCGACCCGGAGUCCAAGUUUCCAGUUCCUCUGGAGCAAGCAAUUCAGAAAGGGUUUAUUAAGUCUGAGGAGGCUUAUCAGGUGCUGGCAAAACAGGUGGCUGAGGGUGGUAUAAUCCAUCAUGCUUCAGGGCUGAGGCUGUCAGUUCCUGACGCUGUAGAUAGAGGACUAGUGGAUCGGUCCAUUGCUCCUGGGCUGGAGGAACUAGAGUGGGUCUACCAAGGAAAAGUCAGCCCUUCAUCCCACCCAGAAGCUGUCGUUUUCCAGGCCUCGACAGGAGCCAUUUUAGACCCUGAUUCUGGAUGUAAACUGACAUUGAUGGAGGCAGUUUCUAAGGGUCUUCUGGGUGAGAAUAUUGCCAGUGAAGCCAUGGCUUCUUCUGCUGUAAGACAAGGAGCACUUGACCCCGAAACUGCCCGCAUCGUGCCUUAUUCAGAGCUUGUAAACCAGGGUAAGAUAGAUAUCGAAACAGGCAAACGCUUCUUAGAGGUGAAACCAUUCAGAGGUGUUCAGGAUGAGCAAACUAGAGACAACUUGACCCUUCCUGAAGCAGUUGCGGCAAAGCUAGUUGACCCAGUUCCAGCAUUGAGGUUGCUUCAAAGUCAGGCAGACAGUGGAGGGAUUAUUGACAUCAGUACUGGAGAAAGACUUCCCCUAUCUGAAGCCUGUGAAAGAGGUUUGGUUGAAGACAAUAUGGUCGGGGUAAUUGCCACCAACCAGUUUUUGAAAGGAGGCUUAGUUGAUCCUGCCACUGGAGAUCAAGUCUCUAGUCUCGAUGAUGCGAUUGCAAAAGGGCUUAUCUCCAAUGAAGUAGCUUCAGAGAUUCAGGAGAAAUUGUCUUUUGUGGAGAUGGAGGGUGAUGAGGGCAGUGCUACACCUGUUGCCUCGUCAAAUGGCACAUACAGCCCUGCUAUUAUAUUAUUGGCAUCAAGCUCAGACAGUCCAGCAAACUGGUCAGAUGUAAGCACUGAGGUGCCUUCAAGAUCACCACUUUCAAAGAAAGGUUUGGGAAUUACAGAGGAUGAUGGAAAGACAGUUACAACUGUCGUAUCAGAUCAGUCCCUUUUGUAUGACACCACUACAGAAGAGGACAAAGCAGAAGCGCCUGUGUCAGUGGAAGAAAAGGCUUCAGUUGAGCCAGACAGAUCUGUAGACCUCUUGUGUAAGUUUGCCACUAAUGUUGGGAAAAGGAUUCAAGAAGCCAUUGAAGAAAUCGUACCACAGAAAGACAUCAAUAAAUCAGAACCCCCUCUAAAGCAGAAGCUUGAUGAGAGACUGCAGAUAGGUGUGAGUGAGACUGAUGAUAAACAAAAGGGGAACAUUUUCAGAGAUGCUGUUGCAGAAUCUGUUCAGGCACAUGUCUAUGAUAAUGAAAAAGAUUCACAUGAUGUGGUCAGAAUAGGAGCUGCUGCUUUAAAGUCAGAUGGAGAACCAGGAAACGUUGGGGAAAAGGAGUAUAAACCCAGUGAUGGGAGCAGAUCAGUUAUUGAUCAUGAUUCUGAAAAUGGAAACCUGACAGGUUUUGUGGCAGCAGAGAUAAGAGAUGACAGAGAAAGCAAAGAUAGGACUGAGGUGACAAAACUGAGUGAAGAAGAAUACAGAAAGAGUGGUGUGGCAGCACAGAGAGGUGAUGUUGUAGAUGAGAAGGUUAAGAGAGUGGAGAAAGAGAAACCUUUAAAGACUGAGAUCAAACCCAGCACUGAAGCUGAGCAGACGGAUCAGUUAUUGACCUCUCCAGCUAAAGAGACAGAAAGCAAAAGCAAGAAAAAGAGGAAGAAUAAAAAGAACGGAAAGGGUAAAGAAGCUGAGAGUGAAACACAUCUUUCAGAGAUACAAUUUCUAUCUCAAAUUGAUCAAACUGAUACACACAUAAAGGGUCAGCCUGAAGCCACUGAUGUAGUCAAAGAUGAGCUUGCAUCACAAGACAAAUACAAGAAAUCACAGAUUCGGGGUAAGGCAACUUACACAGGGCCUCCCAAUGCAGAAAGUGUAGCAAAGGUUGAAAAGGCAGUUGAGGCUGAAAAUGAUUUGACAAAACAAGGACAAGAAGAAGUUCCAGCCACUCUAAAAUUUACAAAACCAAUGAUGAAGCCAGAGAAAGACACAUUAAAAAUUGCAUUUUCAGAGGACUCAGAAAAGGAUGAUGAGAGAGUUAAGAUGAAAAGGGAAGAGAAGACGGAGAAAGUUAAAGAGAAGGCCUCAGUCUCUCAGCAACCAGAACAGCCAGAGAGCAGCCAAGAGAAGUCACAGAUUCGGGUUAAGGCAACUUCCACAGGACCUCCCAAUGCUGAACGUGAAGCAAAGAUUGAAAAGACAGUUGAGGCUGAAAAUGAUUUGGCAAAACAAGGACAAGAAGUAGUUCCAGCCACUCUGAAAUUUACAGAACAAAUGAUGAAGCCAGAGAAAGACACAUUAAAAAUUGCAUUUUCAGAGGACUUAGAAAAGGAUGAUGAGAGAGUUAAGAUGAAAAGGGAGGAGCAGACAGAGAAAGUUCAAGAGAAGACUUCAGUCUCUCAGCAACCAGAACAGCCAAAGAGCAGCCAAGAGAAGUCACAGAUUCGGGGUAAGGCAACUUCCACAGGACCUCCCAAUGCUGAACAUGAAGCAAAGAUUGAAAAGACAGUUGAGGCUGAAAAUGAUUUGGCAAAACAAGGACAAGAAGAAGUUCCAGCCACUCUAAAAUUUACAGAACAAAUGAUGAAGCCAGAGAAAGAUACAUUAAAAACUGCAUUUUCAGGGGACUCAGAAAAGGAUGAUGAGAGAGAAAAGAUGAAAAGGGAAGAGCAGACAGAGAAAGUUCAAGAGAAGGCUUCAGUCUCUCAGCAACCAGAACAGCCAAAGAGCAGCGAAGAGAAAUCACAGAUUCGGGGUAAGGCAACUUCCACAGGACCUCCCAAUGCUGAAAGUAAAGCAAAGAUUGAAAAGACAGUUGAGGCUGAAAAUGAUUUGGCAAAACAAGGACAAGAAGCAGUUCCAGCCACUCUGAAAUUUACAGAAGAAACGAUAAAGCCAGAGAAAGAUACAUUAAAAAUUGCAUUUUCAGAGGACUCAGAAAAGGAUGAUGAGAGAGAAAAGAUGAAAAGGGAGGAGCAGACAGAGAAAGUUCAAGAGAAGACUUCAGUCUCUCAGCAACCAGAACAGCCAAAGAGCAGCCAAGAGGUAAAGAAAAAGAAGGAGCAAGAACUGAAACAGAAAUCUACUCUACCAGAUGAUGAGAAAGCAGCCCUGGUACUAAAAGCCAAAGAGAGCAUUCUUAAAAAGGUGUUUGAAAAAGGAGUGAGUGAGAAGCAGGCUGCUGAAGAGCUGCAGGCACUGCGCAAGGAAGUGGGGAAGAAGGAGAGUCGAGGCACAACUGUAAAGGCACGAACUCUGCUAGCUAUGGCCGAUGCAGUGGAGAGUCACGAUGGUGUCAAGACACCCGAUGGUUCUCCAAAAGAGAGAAAGGAAGAGAUGAGUGUCAAAGAAGAAAAAACAAAAUUGACAAGGGUCAAGGAAGAGAAGACUGAGGAGAAACUGUCUGUGAAGGAGGACAUGGAGACCAAACUAUUGGUGGCUUCUUCAAAUCAGAGGGAGGAAAACAAGAGUUUCGGUGAGGAAGACAGACAAAAAGACUAUGAAGCCACUCCAUCAGUCCAGCCUCAAGAAACUAAAAGAAGGAAGAAGAACAAGAAAUCCAAGAGUUUAAAAGAGACAGACAAAACUGAGCCUGAUACUGAGGAGUUACCAACUGAUGAAAAAAUGGAUUCUGAGUUAACAACAACAAAAAUGACCACAAAAUCUGCAAUGACAAAACCAGAUUCAGAUAACUCAGCUUUAACUAAGGAGCAGAGGAUGGACAGACGUACCGAUGGUCAAUCAGCUGGUGAUGUCAGCAGACCUUCAGUUGGUGAAAAGGCAUAUUAUGCUAAGAUCUCUGUUAUUAAGGUUAAAGAAGCUGACACCAGUCAACAAAGUCCUCCACAUUUAUCUAGAUCAGAAGAACCCACUUCUCACAUGGAGGAACAUGUACAGUUGGCAGAGGUUACAUCUACUAGCAAAGAAGAAUCCCAUUCAGAAAAGAGAAAUGCCAAUGAAUCCACUGAUGUUGCUCAUGAGGCUGUCGCAUGCAAAGCAGACAUCCAGCCCACAGCUCAAUCCAUGGCUCCUGGCACACAACCAGGUAAAACCACAAGAAAAGGUAAAAAGAAGAAGGGGCGCCAACCUCCUGAAGCUGAUAGUACCAGUGUGGCCAAAUCUAAAUCUUUAAAAGACCAACAGCAACAUCUUGAAUCUCCAGAAUCAGCACCUUCACUGUCGGAGGAUGCUUCAACUGAGUCUGAAUCACAUGGAGUCCCUGUGUCUGAUACAGCCUCUGAGAGUUUUGGAGAGGAGGAGCGAGAGGAAGAUGUCAGAGGGAGUCGAGAAAUGGUGUUAAACAAAGAGGGGACGACAUCCACAACUGGCAAGUCAUCAUUGAUGCGUCAGGAGUGCUUGGAUCAUGACCAGCAAAUUGUAGCCCUGGUUUCCAUGGUAAGACAUAUUGAGGUCCGACUUAAACAGCAGCAACAGCAGUCUGUUGGCCGGAGCCUCAUCGCCUUGGAUGACGUCAUCAGACAGACUGAGACUCUGGACCUUGAAUUGCGUGACUUGGAGCCUGCGAUCAACAAGGAAGUGAAGGCCGCUGAGGAGCUGUUGAAGCCCCAACCCAAAGAUGUUCCCCCUCAGCUCCUAUUGGCCCUGGAAAAGGAUGGGCGGAGCUUGGCUCGAGGGUAUGAGGCCGCCAGGGCACUUUCUGAGGGCAUUCUGCAAAGUCUACAAGACCACAGGGACUCCUAUAAGGAGGCGGUAACAGCUGAGCUGAAAUCACUGGGAGGACAAGUGGAGAGUCUGCUCUCUUGGUUGAGGGAGACAGAGGCUCAGAUGAAUGGAGGAAUGGCGGGGAUGGAAAAAAUGGAGACAGCAGAAAAAGAUGACAGUCAUGAUCAGCUCACACAGCAGCUGAAUCUCUGCAAGGAGCUCCAAUCCUCUUUGAUGGCUCGCUCUAAUGAGGUCAACAACACGGCCUUUGACAUUCAGGUGUUUAUCUCGGAGCGAGCUCAGGACCUGGCCCCUGAACAGAGCAGGCAGCUUCUGGGGCAGCUCCAGCAGCUCCAGAGAGCCUUUCACCUCGCGUCGGGCCAAGCCCAGGCCUGGGCCGAUGCCCUCUCUGCCCAGAGAGAGCGAGAGGAGGAGCGGCAACGCAGGGAGAGAGUGAAAGAAGAGGAGAAGGACAAAGAGAGGCAGAGUGCAAGGGAGAGAGAGGUGGUUCAACAGCAGAAAGCCGAAUGCUCUCAGAAACUAGAAGGCCUUACCAUGUGGUUGGCUGGAGCUGCCAGCUUGCUGGCCAGUCAGAAAGGUGGAGCAGAGUCAGGUGAUGUGAACGUCUUGCAAGAGAAGCAGAAAAGACUAAAGGAAGCACAGAAGGACCUCCAGACCAAAGAACAGGGCAUCACUGAGGCCAUCCGCUCUGCAGAGGAGCUCCUGGCAGAGCGAGGAGAAAGUCUAAGCCCAGAAGAGAGGCAGAACCUCCAGGAGGCGCUAACAAGAAUGAAGGAGCAGUACAGUGCCCUUAAACAGUCAGCAAACACGUCACUGUCGGAGCUGGACACAGCCAUCAACACCACUCUACAGCAGAACACACAAAGGGCGAAGGCUGAGGAGGAGCUCCAGGAGACCCAAGGCCAGAUAGACUCUCUGCUGAAUGAAUUGUCCUCCCUUAACCAACCAGGUGCAAGAGGAGAUAGAUCUGGAUUGGCCAAAGAUUUUACUGAUACACCGUUCUCACAGCCAGAGGGUGCUGUGAUUACACACACAGAGAACCUGCAGGCGGAGCUUCAGCAGCUCCAGGCUCAACAGGCCCAGCUUCUCCAGAUCACGCAGUCAACUCGCUCCCUUCUGGACCAACCAGACUCCACCGUUCCUCCUGAAGAGAAGCAGCGUCUCAGGGCCGCCCUGGAUCAGCUGCAGGCUCAGCACCAGGACAGACUGCAGAGCUGCCAGGAUCGUCUGAGGAAGUCUGAGGCUCUGAAGGAUGAGCUGACGAAGUUCCACCAAGAACAUGGAAGUUUAGGUGCCUGGUUAGAACAAAGUGAACAGGAGCUCCGUUCUCUAGGGGAAGGAGAAACUGAUGCACAAGGACUGAAGGAUAGGCUGGAGGAGCACAGAAAGCUUGCUGAGGACAUCAUUUGCCACAAGGCGGACCUGCGAUUUGUCUCCAUCUCUGGUCAGAAGGUUCUGGACUCUGUUCAAGGAGCUCUGGAGCAAGUUGGUGAUUCAGACCCAGCUCUGGAGAGCACCAAGCAGCUGGUAACUGACAAGCUGCAGGAUGCUAACCACAGAUACACAACCCUACACACCAAGUCAACCGAUUUGGGCGGCCGUUUAUCCAGCCUGUUGGAGAGGUACCAGCAGUACCAGGAUGAGGUUGUCUCCGUCCACUCUUGGCUCAGCACUCAGGAACAGAACCAAAGCAUAGCCAAGCCCAGUGGGGAGACAGACCCGCAGAACCUGCAGAACACAUUACGACAAGUACAGCUGCUGCAGGACGAGCUGGCUGAACGCUCGGUGCAGCUGGAGAAGGUGAAGAGAGCAGGAAGAGAUCUGGUCAGCACGGACGAGUCUCCUUCCUUGAAAGCUGUCGAUAUCCUAUGUGCCGCAGAUGGUUUAGAGAAGAGGUUUGGCUCCCUCUCUGCAUCUGUGUCAGAACGGGCCGAGCAGCUGCAGACAGCUGUGGCCCAGUCGGUCAGCGUCCAGGAGGGCCUGAAGGGUCUGCUGAGCUGGCUGGACAAACUGGCUCUGAGUCCUGGACCAGUUGAGCCCACCGCGCAUGCUGUACAAGAUGCCUUGACACAAAACCAGAAACUUCGCCAGGAGCUGCUGUCCAGGCAGGGCAGCGUGGAAGCAACGCGAGACUCUGUUUCCAAACUCCUUCAGAGCUCUGACGCCUCCACGGCCUCGGGCCUCCAGGGCGCUUUAGAUGAACUGACGCAACGCUACGCUGCAGCACAGACUAGCCAGGCCGAGAGGGAGGCUGAGCUCAAAGGGCUGCUGCCCAGGCUGGAGAGCUACGAACGGCUGGGGACUGACCUCCAGGUCUUCACCCAGAGCAGACUGAAGGCUCUGAGCCCAGCGGGCCAGCCAGACCGCAGCGUUGAUGACUACAGGCAGACCAUUGAGGAGGUCAGGUCGGAGCUGGAGCAGGAGGCUGGCCAGCUGAAAUCCUUCUGUAACCUCGGCACCGAGCUCAGCCAAUCAAAAGCUUUCAGUAACACUCAAAGCCUAUUGGAUAAUGUCAAAGGAGUGUCUGAUGAGUUCACCCAACUGGAAGCCAGUGUCAGUGAAAGGUUUGCUGCCAUCCAGGCCUGUGAGCAGCAGCUGGUCCAGUUCCGUGGCCUCUCUGGCUCCCUCCUCAGGUGGCUUCAGACGGCACAGGACCAGCUGCCGUCCAAGGAGGCCAGCCUCAACACAGAGGGCCUGCAGAGGAGAGUCCAGCAGCUCAAGGACUUGCUGAAUGACUGGGAGUCACAGGGAUCAAGAGUUCAGGAGCUGAACAAGACAGGCUCAGAGCUGGAGUCCCUCAUCAUUGAUAUCACCGCUCCUCAGACCAAAACUGGUGCUCCUCAAAUCAAUGGCUCAGCAGGUCCCAGCAGUGUCAAUGGCAUUCACACCUGUAAAGACUUGACAGAGCUCCAGGUAGCUGUAUCCGAUGUGAACGGUCGAUACGACACGCUGGGCGGGGAGCUGAAGGAGCGUCUCGGUCGGCAGAAGGCCUCACUGGAGUUGAGGCAGAAGGCCAGGCAGGGCACUGAUGAGCUCAAGAGCUGGCUGACAGACAGAGAGCACAGCCUGAAACAGGGACAGACCGCCUCGCCCUCCAAACCUGAGGUGGUACGCGCCCAGGCCCAGGAGAACAAGGCUCUGCUUUCAGAGCUGGCUGAGCACUCUGGGAAGGUUGAGGAGCUGAAGAGCACACUGAGAAAACUGAUUGCUGACAAUCCUGAUUCUCCCGAGGCAGACACCUGGAGACAACAGCUGCAAGAGAUAGACUCCCGCUGGCAGACAGCCAAUCAGACAGCAGCCCAGAGGCAGACUGAGCUGGAGACGUGUGCCGAUAGGCUGGGCAGCUUUGCCUCGGCGGCCAAUCAGCUGGGCCCGUGGCUGAGGGAGAAGGAGCUGAUGAUGAGUGUGCUGGGACCACUGAGCAUCGACCCCAACAUGCUCAACACACAGAAACAACAAGCACAGUUCAUGCUGCGUGAGUUUGAGACCAGACGGCCACAGUUUGACCAGCUGACCCAGUCCGCUGAGGGAAUCCUCUCCCAGACUGGUGACUCUGCUCAGGACCCUAAAGACCUGGCAGAGGUGCGAUCUGAGCUGGCCUCCAUCUCCCAGCAGUGGGAGGAGCUAACAAACCGACUGACUCAGAGGUCAAACCACAUCGACCAGGCUCAAGGAACCAGCGAGCGGUACCAGGCCUUGCUCAGAGAGCUCUCCUCCAGUGUUUCUGCUCUGGGUGAGAGAUUAGAUGGUCAGGCCUCGCUCAGCGCCCAGCCCGAAGCGUUGAAACGCCGCCUGCAGGAAACCGGAGAGAUCCGCUCAGAGCUGGAGAGACGGCGGACCGAGCUGGCCGAGGCUGAAAAGCUCUGCAAGGAGCUGAGCGCCAUCGUGGCUGAACCCUACCUGAAGGAAGAGCUGAGUAAACGACUGGAGAGUGUCAGCGGGCCUCUAAAGAGUUUAGAGGAGCGUGCAGCUGACGGUCUGUCUCAGCUCCAGGCCGCCCUGUCGUCCACCCAGCAGUUCCAGCAGAUGUUUGAGGAGUUGCGCUCCUGGCUCGACAAGCAGGCAGAUCCCAGAGAAUCAUCUAUCGACUCACUGCCCUGUCAGCCGGAGGCCAUCCGCUCCCUGCUGGCGCAGACGGACGACCUCCAGCGAGGGAUCGCCAGUCAGCGGGGCUCCUAUGAGCUGCUUCAAGCUGAGGGAGCAUCGCUGCUCGCCAGUCUACCCGCAGGCGGAGAUGAACGCACCGCCCUGCAGUCUCGCUUAGGGUCCUUGAAGCAGGACUGGGAGGGGCUGAACCAGAGGCUCUCAGAUCGAGAAGGCAGACUGAAGACCACUUUGAGCAAAGCAGAAACCUACCAGCAGCACAAGGCUGAGCUGAAACCAUGGAUAGCAGAGUGCGAGGAAAAAGAUGGAGAGAUCCAGCCGUCACUGGACUCAUCGGCCCUGGAUGAAGCCUUGCAGAAGGCCCGAGGUCUAUCGCUGGACCUCGAGAGACGACAACCUCUCCUUGAGGCCUUCAACACUGCCGCAGAUCAGCUGCUGGAACAAUGCUGCAUUGGAGAGGAAGAGAUACGAGAUGAGAAGGCCCAGCUGAACCGCAGGGUGGAUGGACUGGGCGAGAGGCUCCACACCCGCACUGCCCAGCUGGAGGAGCUUUCUGGCCGCCUGAAGGAGUUUGAGGAGGGCAGACAGGCAGCAGAGAGGAGGCUGGAGGCUGCCAAGCACCAGAUUGAAGUCCAGGAGGCUCUGGGACCACAGGCAUGUAGUGCCAAGAGCCUGGAGCGGCUGAGAAGCCAGCAGGAGAGUCUCAGGUCUCUGAAUCCUCAGGUGGUGUACCUCAGAGACCUGGCACAGGGGCUGGUACAGGACGCACCCCAGACACCAGGAGGCAGCACCGAUGGGGCACAGAGGCUUCAGGAGCAGGCCAGAGAGACAGAGAAGGAGUUUGAGGAUGUGACUGACAAGAUCGAGCAGUGUUGCUCCUCCCUGGAGUCCCGGCUGCAGGGCGUCGGCGAGGUCCAGUCUCACGUGCGCGACGUCUUCUCACGCAUCGCCGACCUCGAUGAUGAACUGGACUCCCUCAGCCCCGUCGGACGUGAUGCAGAUUCCUUGGCCUCUCAGGCUGAUGCCCUAAAGGGCUUCUUGUCCCGUCUGGCCAACCUCAGGUCAGAGCUGGAGGGUCACACAACAGAGUGCACCACCAUGCUGCGGCGGGAAGGCUCCUCUCCUGACCUCCUGGCUCUCAGAAGAGAGACGGAGGCUCUGAGCCGCCAGGCUGGCAAGCUGAGCGAGCGCGGCCAGGCCAGGUUGGACCAGAUCGAGGACGCUGCUGAGAGGGUUCGGGAGUUCUACAGGCUAGUGGGUGAGCUGCAAGGCCUGCUGGGAAGAGCCGAAGAUGGGCUGAAUGCACAGGGUAUGGUCGGCACAGAGGUGGAGAUGAUCAAACAGCAGCUGCAGGAGUUUAAGGCUGUGGAGAGAGAGCAGGUGGACAGCAUUCAACCGAAGCUGCAGCACAUCAACGCAGUUGGUCAGGGUCUGAUCCAGAGCGCCGCCAAACACACCGACACCCAGGCGCUGGAGCACGACCUGGAAACAACCAACCUCAGAUGGAACUCACUCAACAAGCGGGUGGCAGAGCGGAUCGCCCAGCUGCAGGAGGCUCUGUUGCAUUGUGGGAAAUUCCAGGAUGCUCUGGAGCCUCUGCUGAGCUGGCUAAGUGAUACAGAGGAGCUGGUGGCCAAUCAGAAGCCCCCGUCUGCUGAGUACCGCGUGGUCAAGGCCCAGAUCCAAGAACAAAAGCUGCUACAGAGACUGUUAGAUGACCGCCGGCCGACAGUGGAGAUGAUCCGUGCUGAAGGAGAAAGGAUCGCAGCCACAGCGGACACUCAGGACCGAGAGAAGAUUCAGACCCAGCUCCAGAGUCUGGCAGAGAGAUGGACUGACCUGAUGGACAAGGCCAGCGGCAGGCAGAGGCAGUUGGAGGAGCUGCAGGUUUUGGCUCUUCAGUUCCACGAAGCCCUGGAGCCGCUGGGAGAAUGGCUGAGCACCACCGAGAGACGCCUGAGCUCCGCUGAGCCCAUGGGAACCCAGACGGCUAAGAUCACGCAGCAGAUCGUUAAGCACAAGGCGGUCCAAGAGGACGUGUCCUCACGUGAAGCAGAGGUCGACCACCUCGAGUCCCUCAGCCAAUCGCUGACCCCACUCAGCUGCGCAGCCGAUCGGGAUUGGCUAAGCGAGCGCGUGGGGGCGGUGAGGUCAGGUCACUCGGAACUUGCCGAUUGGUGCUCCAGGCGGGCGGGCAUGCUGGAGCAAGCGCUGGCUAACGCUCAGCUGUUUGGGGAGGAGGAGGUAGAGGUGCUGAACUGGCUGGCAGAGGUGGCUCAGAGGCUGAGUCAGGUCUCCGUCCAGAGCUACCAGCACCAGCUACUGGCCGAGCAGCACAAACACACUCUGUCUCUGAAUGAAGAGAUUUUGAGCAGGAAGAAGACAGUGGACCAGGCCAUCAAGAAUGGACAAGCAUUACUAAAACAGACAACAGGUGAGGAAGUUCUCCUGAUCCAGGAGAAGCUGGACGGCAUUAAGUCUCGCUAUGCUGAGAUGACGGCCAGCAGCAGUAAGGCCCUCCGCACCCUGGAGCAGGCCCUGCAGCUGGCCACACGAUUCGCCAGCGCCCACGAUGACCUCAACCAGUGGCUGGACGGCAUGGAGACGGAGCUCAACAAUGUGGAGCCCGACGCCACACCUGCAUACCAGGAAAGACAGAAGGAGCUGAAGAAAGUGUCAGCAGAGAAGCGUCUGGUGUUGGACACAGUGAACGAGGUGGGCAGCGCCCUGCUGGAUCUGGUGCCGUGGCGAGCCCGCGAGGGUCUGGACCGCCUGGUUGCCGAUGCCAACCAGCGAUACCGACAGUCUGAUGAAACCAUCACUCAGCGGGUGCAGCUGGUUCAAGCUGCCAUCCAGAGGUCACAACAGUAUGAGGAGGCAGUGGAUGCAGAGCUGGACUGGGUCGGAGAGACCGAGCGUAAAUUGGCUUCUCUUGGGCCCCUGAGUCUGGAGCCUGAUGUGACGGUGGCCCAGAUGCAAGUGCAGAGGGCCUUCAACAUUGACAUCAUCCGACACAAAGACACUGUGGAUCAGCUGCUCAGCACCAGAGACGACAUCCUGGAAACCUGCAGCGACGCCCAGAAGGACGCACUGAUAGUGAAGACAGAUUCUCUCAGUGCUCGUUAUGAUACAGUGAGCCAGAGCCACAGCGAGCGGUUCUCGGCUCUCGAGCAGGCCCAGGUUUUGGUCACUCGGUUCUGGGAGACCUUUGAGGAACUGGAGCCAUGGUUGGGCGAGACUGAAACCCUCAUCACCCAGCUGCCACCACCAGCCAUCGACACUGACGCUCUCCGACUGCAACAGGACCAGAUGAGGCUGCUCAGGGAGUCUAUCGCAGAGCACAAGCCCCACAUCGACAAGCUGCUAAAGAUCGGACCCCAGCUGGCCGAGCUCAGCCUCCAGGAGGGGGAGACGAUAACACAGCGCUACACCGAGGCCGAGAGACGCUACCUGGCCAUCAAAGAGGGCGUCAAGGGUCGUGCAACAACCCUCGACGAGGCAGUGUCCCAGUCUGCACAGUUCCACGACAAGAUGGACCCCCUACUGGAGACCCUGGAGGGGGCAGUCCAGCGGCUGCGGCAGCCUCCCCCAGUGGCAGCAGAGGUGGAGAAGAUCAGGGAGCAGCUGGCGGAGCACCGAGCCCAGGGGCUGGAGCUGGACAAACUGCUGCCGAGCUUCUCCGCCCUCUGCGCCCGCGGAGAGGAGCUCAUCGGACGAGCUGCUCACGACGAUCCUGCUGCUCAGGCCGUUCGUACUCGCCUCCUGCGCCUGCGCUCUCUGUGGGAUGAAAUCCGGCAGCGGGCAGAGGAGAGGGAGGGGAAACUGAACGACGUCUUGGAUCUGGCCGGAAAGUUCUGGGCUGACGUGGCGGCGCUACUGAGCACACUCCGAGACUCCCAAGAUAUUGUGAAAGAACUGGAGGACCCUGGCGUGGACCCCUCACUCAUCAAACAACAGAUUGAGGCUGCUGAGGCCAUUAAGGCAGAGACGGACGGUCUGAGGGAGGAGCUGGAGUUUGUCAGGACCCUCGGAGCUGACCUCAUCUUUGCCUGUGGAGAAACUGAGAAACCUGAAGUCAAGAAGACCAUUGAUGAGAUGAACGCUGCCUGGGAGGGCCUGAACCGGACGUGGAGAGAGCGGAUGGAGAGGCUGGAGGAGGCCAUGACAGCGUCUGUGCAGUAUCAGGACGCACUGCAGUCUAUGUUUGACUACCUGGACAACGCAGUGAUCAAGCUGUGUGACAUGUCGACUGUGGGAACUGAUCUGGGAACUGUCAAACAGCAGAUUGAAGAGCUCAAGCAGUACAAGGUGGACGUUUACCAGCAGCAGAUUGACAUGGAGAAGCUGUGCCACCAGGGGGAGCUGCUGUUGAAGAAGGUGUCAGACCAGACAGACAGGGACAUGAUCCAGGAGCCGCUGACCGAGCUCCGACACCUCUGGGACAACCUGGGGGAUAAAAUCACCCACAGACAGCACAAGCUUGAGGCUGCCCUGCUGGCCCUGGGUCAGUUCCAGCAUGCCCUGUCUGAGCUGCAGGCUUGGCUAAACCACACACACACCACGCUGGACACACAGCGACCAGUCAGCUCUGACCCCAAGGCCAUCGAGAUCGAGUUGGCUAAACACCACGUGUUGCGUAAUGAUGUACUAUCCCAUCAUGCCACUGUGGAGAAUGUGAACGGUGCUGGCGCUGAACUGCUGGAGUCGUCUCCCGGUGACGAGGCCAGCCACCUGAGGGACCAGCUGGAUCAGCUCAACAAAAGCUGGCAGAAUCUGCUGCUCAAGACCCAGGAGCGGCAGAAGCUACUGGAAGCUGCCCUGCAGCAGGCUGAAGGUUUCCAUGGCGAGCUAGAGGAGUUCCUCCAAUGGCUGAGGAGGACGGAGAGCCAGCUGUCUGCCGCCAAGCCGACAGGUGGUCUCCCUGAAACAGCCAGAGAGCAGCUACAGCAACACAUGGAGCUUCAGACCCAGCUGACUCAGCGAGCAGACCAGUACCACCGCCUGCUGGAUCAAGGAGAGUCCAUGUUGCUGGCUCGUGGAGGAGAGGAAGCAGGACCCGGUACCACCCAGACACAGCAGAACCUGGCAAUGCUGCAGAACAAGUGGGGCAGUCUCAACACCAAGAUGGACGACCGCAGGGCAAAGCUGGAUGAGGCCGUUUCCUUGGCAACAGGUUUCCAGACCUCUCUGCAGGAUACCAUCAACUGGCUGACCCAGGCUGAACAGACCCUGAACAUGGCCCAGCCCCCCAGCCUCAUCCUGGACACUGUCCUCUUCCAGAUCGAUGAGCACAAGGUGUUUGUGAAUGAGGUGAACACCCACAGAGAGCAGGUCCUGGCUCUGGAGAAGGCCGGCUCUCAGCUUCGCUUUGCCAGCCUGAAGCAGGAUGUCGUUCUCAUCAAAAACCUGCUGCUCAGCGUCCAAGCCCGCUGGGACAAGCUGGUCCAGAGGUCACUGGACCGCGGCCGACACCUCGAUGAGGCCCGCAAACGCGCCAAACAGUUCCACGAGGCCUGGAGGAAGCUGACAGACUGGCUAGAAGAAGCCGAGAAAAGACUGGACUCAGAGCUGGAGAUCUCCAACGAGCCAGACAAGAUCAAAGUACAACUGGCCAAACACAAGGAGUUUCAGAAAGCGUUGGGGUCAAAGCAGCCGGUCUAUGACACCACAGUGAGGUCUGGAAGAGCCAUGAGGGACAAGGCUCAGCUGCCUGCGGACACCCAGAAACUGGACCACCUGGUGGGAGAGGUCCGCGACAAGUGGGACACCGUCUGUGGCAAGAGUGUAGAGAGACAACACAAGCUGGAGGAGGCUCUGCUGUUCUCAGGCCAGUUUGCCGAGGCUCUCCAGGCCCUGGUGGACUGGUUGUACCGGGUAGAGCCCCAGCUGGCUGAAGACCAGCCAGUCCAUGGAGAUCUGGAUCUGGUGUCCAACCUCAUGGACUCACAUAAGGCUUUCCAAAAAGAGCUAGGCAAGAGAACCAGCAGUGUUCAGGCUCUGAAGCGCUCAGCUCGGGAGCUGAUGGACACUGGUCGCGAUGACACGGCGUGGGUCAAAGUUCAGCUUCAGGAACUCAGCAACCGCUGGGAUACGGUGUGCGCUCUGUCAGUCACAAAGCAAACCCGCCUCCAGCAGGCCCUCAAACAGGCGGAAGAGUUUCGUACGGCGAUACAGGUGCUUCUGGAGUGGCUCUCUGAGGCCGAGCAGACGCUUCGUUUCCGCGGUGUCCUUCCAGAAGAGGCAGAGACCUUACAGGCGCUGCUGCACACACAUCGUGACUUCAUGGGCACCGUGGAGGAGAAGAGGACGGAUGUCAACAAGGCUGCUGGCAUGGGAGAGGGCAUCCUGACCGUUUGUCACCCUGACUCCAUCACCACCAUCAAACACUGGAUCACUAUCAUAAGGGCACGCUUUGAGGAGGUGCUGACGUGGGCCAAACAGCACGAGCAGCGGCUGGAGACGGCUCUGACUGAGGUGCUCAACAAUGCCAACCUGCUGGAGGAGCUGUUGUCAUGGCUACAGUGGGCCGAGACCACAUUGGUCCAGAGAGACACCGAGCCGCUUCCUCAGGACAUCCCACAGCUCAAAACACUCAUCACAGAACACCAGAUGUUUAUGGAGGAGAUGACGAGGAAGCAGCCAGACGUUGACAAAGUGACGAAGACCUACAAAAGAAAACCAGCUGAGCCUCCCAGCAGCCUGGCCGACAGGAGAGGAGCUCGCAAACACCAGCAACAACAGCAGCAGCAACAGCAGGCAGCCAUGCAGCUCGCCAGCGGAAACCCACGACUCAACCAGCUCUGUGCCAGGUGGCAGCAAGUUUGGCUGCUGGCUCUGGACCGCCAGCGCAAGCUCAACGACGGUCUGGACAGACUGGAGGAGCUCAAAGAGUUCGCCAACUUUGACUUUGAUGUGUGGAGGAAAAAGUACAUGCGCUGGAUGAACCAUAAAAAGUCUCGCGUCAUGGACUUCUUCAGACGCAUCGACAAGGACCAGGAUGGAAAGAUCACACGGCAGGAGUUUAUUGACGGCAUCCUGGCAUCAAAGUUUCCCACCAGUAAGCUGGAGAUGACAGCUGUGGCAGACAUCUUUGACAGAGAUGGAGACGGUUACAUCGACUACUACGAGUUUGUUGCUGCUCUGCAUCCCAACAAGGAUGCAUACAGACCCACCACUGACGCUGAUAAGAUCGAGGAUGAGGUGACUCGGCAGGUGGCCCAGUGUAAAUGUGCUAAAAGGUUCCAAGUGGAGCAGAUAGGAGAGAACAAAUAUCGGUUCUUCCUCGGAAACCAGUUUGGCGACUCUCAGCAGCUGCGUCUGGUGAGGAUCCUGCGCAGCACAGUGAUGGUGAGAGUUGGAGGUGGUUGGAUGGCUCUGGACGAGUUCCUUGUCAAAAAUGAUCCAUGCAGAGUGCAACAUCCAGGACUUAAGAUUCUCCGCUCCGAUUCCAGUAGCUCCAUCUCAUCUCGUAUAGCUCGUGGUCGCACCAACCUGGAGUUGAGGGAGAAGUUCAUCCUUCCCGAAGGAGCAUCUCAGGGUCUGGCUGCCUUCCGCUCCCGAGGUCGACGCUCCAAACCAGGCUCCCGCAACGCCUCGCCCACCCGCUCCUCCUCCUCGGCCUCCCACAGCGGCGCCUCCCUGCCCUCUGCUCCCUCCGCCCCCGCCACACCGACAGCCUCAGCAUCAUCCAGGUCCUCCCAUACUCACUCGCGUGACUAUGCCAAGCCCUGGCUGGCACACAGUAAAACUCCAACGCCAACCAAGUGCCACUGCUGCCCAGAUCUCGGUCACAGCCACACCACUCCUGGGCACGAGGGGGCAACGUCUGGGUCCAAACUAAAGAGGCCGACGUUCCACUCGAGCCGAGGCUCGCUGACUGGAGAGAACGGAGGAACAACACCCUCCGGCAAACCAUCAAGGACUGAUCCAAAACGAGGGGCAUCCACAGCCAGCGGGCCAACCAGCCGAGCCGGCAGCCGUGCAGGCAGCAGAGCCAGCAGUCGCCGCGGCAGCGAUGCCUCGGAUGCAUCAGAGCUACAGGACGCUCGCUCCGUCUGCUCUGACGCCUCAGACACCCCACGACGACCCGGGGCCAAACCCUCCAAGAUUCCCACCAUCUCCAAAAAGGCCCCCAGCCCAAAGACCCCGGGGUCUGCGAAGAAAUAACUCCAAUCAAAGAGAAGGUGGAGCAGAGCCGUUCCUCCUCCGUUUCACAGAGGGUGGACUGCUAUCAUCGGCCUUUUUGGGUGCACCAGCUCUUCAGUCUGAAGUCUAUCUAACCGGGCCCAGGUGGAGUUUGUGCACAAUGACUGACAGAUCGAGGGGAAAGAAGGAGAUGGGCAAGAUGGGUGAAUCUCCUUCUCACUCUUUCCCUGGUCUCAUAAACGGACUGAAAACCUGCACAAGAGGAGGAGAGUUCUGGUCUGGCAGCCCCAGGCCAGAAUCUGUGGGGUCAACACCGACUUUUCCCCUUUAAGACGUGACCCCAUUUUGCCUUUCAGUCUCCUGCUUUGUCUUUCAGUAGUUCCUCACCAGCGUGGAACCGAACACCAACUGACUUGACGAGAUGCUGCCUUACUUACACACUUCUGUCCCAAUCAGACAGAACAACAGAGAAAGUCUUUAAACUGCUUUGUACCACGCUGACACACAAAUACACACAUUUUAACACAGAGGCGCGGUAGGGAGUGGGACACACCACCACCACCACCACGACUACAAAAACAAAAAAAAGCCCAAAUGACAUUCAGGAAAAAAAAGAAAAAGAAUUGUGGGUCAUUAUUUUGGCUUGUGGGCCAGAUGCCUCAACGAUGAGUUUCAAAAGAAAAUAUGCAACGACUGCCAUGUCGCUUCCUCUGGACUGGUUGGCAAGAAAAACAGUCACCUCAGCAGAUCUGCAGAAGCAGACACCACGUGUGGAGAGCUCGGGAGGCGGGAAACGCUGUCCGACACACACGCACACACACUGGCUAACCUCAGACUCAGAGGGUCGGUGGUGGUGACGGUGGCGGCGGCGGUGCUGCUGCAGCUGAGGGCAAACACUCACACACACAAACACCGCAGAGCAGACUCCUCCCGACCGCUGGAACGUUAAGAUCGGCCUUGUGUGUGCAUUUCAGCAAAGGGCGGUGUGGUUUUGUCACAUGCCGGCGUAACAAUCCCAACACACAAAAAUCACAAACCGGCAAUAGAAAGGACUAUUUUUAUGGCAACACACUCAACUAACAGCACAUUACUGACAAUAUACGACAUGUGUAACCUAACCCCAUGUUAAUGACCGUGUUUGCAGAGUCCGACAACCAGCAUGCACUAAUUGUCUCUUCCUCUGCAGUUCCACCUUAAUGUCUACGCUGCGUUGCCCAUAGCAACCCAGCAGCACACACACACACACCCUCUCACGCACACAAGGUGGUGUGUAUUAUGUGUGUCAUUGUUACAGGAAAUGAUAAGAGGUCUUUGACUUGAGUCACUGUAUGCAAAAAUUUUAAUUUGCGAAUGUCUUUUUUUCUUCUUCUUCUUGUUUUCUGGUUAAUUUAUAAUCCAGUUGUAUUUUUGUUAUCUAGCUUGAAAGGAAAAUCUAUUUAUUUUUCAGUUUCAUGUCAUAUCACCAUUGGCGGAGAGUGAUUUAGUAUUAUGGUUAAAGAAAUUGUGUUUUUUUUUUUGUACCAAGGAAAUGUCCGCUCCGCUCUUUGACAUUAUCUGUGUGUUUCUACUUCAUUGUAACAUGACAUUAUUCACUAGGUCUCUGAUUCUAGUGGCAGCCUUGUUUGGUCAUUUGUUCUUUCUUUGCUAAUGACUACAAUUCCCAGACCACGACCAAAGGGGUUUGCCCUUCAUGUGUAGAGAGAACUACAAAUAUGAAUGACAGGAGACGCGGGCAGAGUGGACCAAUGAGAGCGGGUGUCCUCCCUCAUGUCCCUCCCAGCGUCUCUUCUUCUAGGCUUUUUUUCAAAUGUCCCGUCAUUGACGUGGCUGAGUUGUCUCUGUGUUAUCUCAGUGUAAGAGAGGAAGUUUAUGAAAAACUAAUGAAAUUACAGUAAGAAAGAAGAAGACAUCUUAAGGUGAUUUUUAUUUAUUUAUUGUCUCUCUGAGGGGAGGGGGAUUUGGGGCGCAGGAGACGAGUCCUCCACUUUUUGAUGCUGUGCUACUCUCAGUGUGAUGAUGACAACAUGGAGGGAGGGAGGGGUGUUACUAGGAGUCAGUUGUGUAAAAGUUAAACAAAAAACUAAAAUUAUAAACAAUUUUUUGUUCUGUUUUUGUAUUAAAAUAUGCUUGCAGUAAAACUGUCUCUUGUUUUUAAUUAUUUUUGGAUUAUUCAUGGACAAUAAAUCUGACUGUAUCUGUC